AUGUUGGACCGAAAAGCUUCGGGUUCAGACAACAGUGGAGGAGAAGAGAAGCAAAUUGGCCUCAGCACCAGCAUCGAUCCAGCAACGAUUGACGCACCAGUGCCUCUCGAGGCUGCGCAUGCUGCUGAAUAUGUCGAGUUCUUGCAACUCAAGAACAAAUUCGAAUCAGAUCCAAAAGCGUACAAGGCACUUAUUCGGCGACUCGAUCUUCGAAUCAUUCCUAUGCUUUUCUUGUACUAUUUGUUGAAUUCGCUUGAUAAAUCGAAUGCCGGCAAUGUCAAAAUUUACACCUUUCUCGAGGAUACCCAUAUGACGAGUCACCAGUUCAAUCUUGCUCUUACUUGGUACUUUUUCACAUACGCCGGUCUCGAAGCACCAUCGAACAUGUGUAUGCGAAAAUUCGGUCCAAAGCUCUGGCUCUCCGGUUUGGUGAUCUGCUGGGGCGCGGUCACACUCGGAAGCGCAUGGGUUAAAUCAUAUGGUGAUUACUGUGCUGCCCGUAUCAUGCUUGGUGUGUUCGAGGCUGGUUUGUUUCAAGGUUUCUACACCCUCAGCUGCUGGUAUCUUAGCUCUGAGCUACAGACCCGCUGUGCUUACUGGUACUCUGCGACCAUGCUUUCCGGCGCAUUUGGAGGCCUCCUCGCCUACGCCGUAGGCCCCUUACAAGGCCAUCUCGGCCUAAAACAAUGGCAAUACCUCUUCAUAAUCGAAGGAGCAAUCACCAUGUUCAUCGGCAUCAUCGGCCUCUGGCUCUGCGUCGACUUCCCCGAAACCUGGUCCUCGCGCUUCUUCAAAGCAGACGAGAUGAAGUUCCUGCAAUUACGAGUCAAGUAUGCCAAUGGCCCGAUCGCACCCGAUGAUACGUUCCGCUGGAGCGCGUUCUGGGAGGCUGUUAAGGAUUGGAAGACUUAUUUUAUUGCGUCUCUUCUUGCAUUUGGUGGUUCUGUGCCUACGUACUCUGUAAACUACACCCUAGCAACAAUGGUCAAAUCCCUCGGCUACUCCUCCAUCAAAGCCCAAGCCCUAACCGCACCCCCCUACGUCUUCGCCUUCUUCUGCGUAAUCCUAAUAGCCCUCUACUCCGACGCCCACCGCUGCCGCGCCCGCUCCCUCCUAAUCUCCUACACCGUCGGCACAACCGGCAUCGUGAUCCUGUGGCCAUGUCUCUACCACCCCUCCCUCGCCGGCGUCUCCUACUUCGCGCUCUUCCUCGUCGUCGCAGGCUACAACAUGCAAGCCCCCGCCGUGGGCUCCUGGCUGGGGACUAAUGUGCGGAAGCCGGCGAAGAGGGCUGCUGCUAUGGGGUGGCAGAGUACGUUUGGGCAGUUGCUUGGUGGGUGUAUUGGGGCUAAUAUUUUCGUAACAUCCGAAGCACCGACGUAUAACUCGGGCUUCAUCACGCUGCUUGUAUUGGUUAUGGUCGGUGGCGUGGGAGCCACGAUCGCGAAUUGGUAUUGUCUCCGGGCGUCGAAUUUGAAGAAAGAUCGGAUUCCGGCCGAGGAGUUGGAGGGGAGGUAUACGGAGAAGGAGUUGAGUGAGAUGGGGGAGUAUUCGCCGUAUUUUAGGUAUAUUCUUUAG